AUGGCAAGCCUCCGAAAAACUCACCCGCUACUAAAAAUCGCUAACGACGCACUAGUUGACCUUCCUACCCCCUCUAAUAUCUCUGCAUGAUGAAACUUUGGCUCACUACUUGGCCUUUGCCUUAUUUCUCAAAUCCUUACAGGACUAUUCCUCGCAAUACACUACACCCCUGAUGUCGAAUCAGCCUUCGCCUCAGUAGCCCACAUUUGCCGAGAUGUCAACUUCGGUUGACUUAUCCGGAACCUCCACGCAAACGGGGCCUCUUUCUUCUUUAUCUGUAUCUACUUCCACAUCGGCCGAGGACUUUACUACGGCUCUUACCUAUACAANGAAACAUGAAACAUCGGAGUAGUACUCCUACUCCUAGUUAUGAUNACCGCCUUCGUUGGCUACGUCCUUCCCUGAGGACAAAUGUCUUUCUGAGGAGCUACCGUCAUUACUAACCUNCUAUCCGCAGUCCCAUAUGUNGGAACUACUCUCGUUGAAUGAAUCUGAGGAGGCUUUUCAGUAGACAAUGCCACCCUCACCCGAUUCUUCGCAUUCCACUUCCUAUUCCCAUUCGUCAUCGCAGCUAUGACAAUUCUUCACCUUCUUUUCCUUCACGAAACAGGUUCAAACAAUCCAAUCGGAUUAAACUCAAAUGCAGAUAAAAUCUCAUUCCACCCAUACUUCUCUUACAAAGACCUNCUUGGUUUCGUGAUCCUGCUAGUAGCACUCGCCUCUCUAGCACUAUUCUCCCCNAACCUCCUAGGAGANCCAGACAACUUCACCCCUGCCAACCCAAUGGUUACNCCACCUCACAUUAAACCUGAAUGAUAUUUCCUAUUUGCNUACGCAAUUCUUCGGUCCAUUCCAAACAAACUAGGAGGAGUACUAGCCCUCCUAGCCUCCAUCCUUGUACUUAUAGUAGUUCCCUUCCUGCACACUUCAAAACAGCGAACUCUAACAUUCCGACCAGUUUCCCANUUCCUAUUCUGAACCCUUAUUGCAGACGUAGCCAUUCUUACCUGAAUCGGGGGNAUGCCAGCNGAACAGCCCUUCAUUAUUAUCGGCCAAGUAGCCUCCGUCCUCUACUUCUCCCUAUUCCUUGUUUUCUUCCCACUUGCAGGCUGAGCUGAGAACAAAAUCCUUGGAUGAUCCU